AUGCCCAAGGUUCCCCUCUCUCUUCCAAUGUCCCAGAUCAUCGCCUCAGACGCUCCUCUGCUCUCUCCCACUGACUCUCAGGGCAACUGGGACAUGCAGCAGCCCCUCUUCUCCCCAACCUCGGACAACUUUUCCUACCCAUACUACACCCUUCCUCCGUCCCCGCCAAACUCUCAGGGCGACCAUCUUCCAGACUCUCCUGUUCCUGCCACUCGCAUGCUCAAGAUGCGCAUGACUCCAGACAGCUCCCAGGAUCUCUGUCUCCCCACCCACCAGCUCUUCGACCUCACAGAGCCUGCUCGUCCACCUACACCGCCCUCGCGUUCUCCUUCUCUGUGUGCAGACCACUCUGCUCCCUCGGGCCACAUCUCUGAUGCCUCCUCUUGUGGCGCCAAGCGUUCUGCAAGUCCAGCCCCUAGUGCCACAAAGAAGCGCGCCGUCGGCGAGCGUAUCUCAAGUAAAGACUUUGUGCCACCCGAUGUAUCCGGUCUCAGCAAACGCGAGGCUCGUCUCGUAAAGAAUCGCGCUGCUGCCUUUCUCAGCAGGCAGCGAAAACGCGAAGAGUUUGAAUGCAUGGAAGUACGCGUUGCAGAACUCGAGCAGGAAAACGCCCGGCUUCUCGCUCUUACUCAAUCCGGUUCUUCACUCUCCACACCGCAGCAUACUACUCCCGAUAUGCAUCUACUCUCCGAAGUCGAACAGCUAAAGGCUCAGCUAGCCGCUGCACGGGAGCGAGAACUAUCUCUCAGCGCCCAACUCGCAUCCACAUCUGCCAUUCGAGAUGUCCCUGUCAAGGUCGAGGCAACAGAACAGUUUUCUCUCGCAUCGCCUCCUCGCUCUACUACUUCAUCUCUUCCAUCAGCUCACAAAUCCGGCGCCAGCCUCGGAUUGAUGGUCUUGCUCUGCGCUCUUCCAACCCUUCUAUCAAUGCGAAUGCAAUCUCCUGCCCCUACAAGUUUCGCGAUACCCAAUCCCUUCCCCGCUUCUUCCGCUUCCGCAUACGACUACAACUCUUUCCUCCCUAAUGAUUACGAUUGGUCAAAGACAACAACAGGUGGCUCCCUCAUGGAUCUCGAUUCCGAUAAUCGUCACCACAAGGUUUCCACUAUUCGCAAACUCGAGUUUACUGGCACAGACUCGCCGGAAUUGGGCAGUCUCGGAGACUUGGACAUCUCUUUUGAUACUAUCCCUUCGGACGAUGGAAAGAUCCGGGUCCGGAUACACCCUCCAUCAUCAUCGCCCUCCUCUCGCUCGGGCUCCCCGGGGGCUUCCUCUUUCGACGCAGUAAAGUCUGAAAUCUCCCAAUCCUCUUUGGCUAUGUGGUCUGGAGCAGAGGCCGAAUCAAAUCUCCAAGCCUCGUUUUCGUCCCAAUUCAGCUCUCUGUCUUCUUAUUCUACGUCAUCUUCCGAUCCGUUUUUAGGCGUGCCAUCCACGGACUACAGCAUGCCAUUUUCCCCAGACGGAACAUUGAGAUACGGACACGUUGACGGAAUGUCGGCUGCUUUGAACUAUGGUCAGCUAUCAGAUCCAAACUUUGGCCUUGGCUCGGAAUACAGCAUUCCCGAUGGCACGGGUGCGAAACGACGGGUGAGAAUCGCUCUAAAGAGCAUGCCUCAGGCAGGAGGCGAAGGAGGCGAAUGGGAGGUCCAGAUCUGCUGA